UCUCCCCUUCCCCCUCAACAUCACCAUUCCCAGCACAAAUGAUGGAACAACCACAGAACCUCCGCACGCUCUUCACCGAAGCGAAAGCCGCAAAGACCGCGCUGGAGUCGCGCACCGACAGCAACACGGAUGCUUAUCGCAGUGAUGUCAACGCCGUCAUCGCGAAGCUCGAGGAAUGCCAACGAUUAGUGAGCCUGUUGUCGUUAUUCAGUUCGAACGAAGCUCUCGAGGACAUUUCCACUGGAGAUUUACAAUACCUGACCGUCGAAUACCUUCUCGCCGACCUCCUGCAACGAACCUACACAAACGACCGCGAAGCCUCGCUCCGUCGGGCAUUGAGCCAGUACGAGCGGUUCCUCUCACGGCUCGACGAAUACGAGAUCCUGAGCGCAGGCGACAAGAAGCUGUACGAGCGGUAUGCGGCCAACCCGUCCAGCUUCUCGCUCACACCCACCAACGACGCGGCGGUCCGGCGCGAGGUCAAGAUCAACCGGUUCAGGGAGGAGAAGGAACUGAAGCAGAAGCUUGAGUACCUGUCCAAGAACAAGAAUCGCUUGCAAAGUGACGAGGAUGAUGUGCGCGCGUUGUACCUGGCGGAACUUGCGCUGUACGCCCACCAGACGUUCCAGGCCCUCGAUCUCGUGGCUCAGGAGUUGUCGAUGCUCGCGACGAUGCGCGCGGCGCCGCCCAAACCCAACCAGGAGCUGGCGCAGCAUGACCCCCGGAGACGUAAUGGGAAUGCCGACGCGGAGUACUCGGAGCGACUGGAUCGCCCGAUCGCUGAGCUGUUGGCGGGGGGAAGGCGCGGGCCGAUAUUGAGUAAAGAGGGGAAGCCAAUGCAGCCUUUUACGUUGCUGGAUCGCCGCACGCAGUUGCAGCAGGGCGUCUUCCGCUCCGGACAUAACCUGCCCACCAUGACCAUUGAUGAAUAUCUCGAAGAGGAGCGGAGGAGAGGCAAUAUUAUCGAAGGGGGAGGCGAAGCUUCCGGCAUCAAACCAGAGGUCGAUGAGGAUGACCUGAAUAUUGCCGACGAAGAGACUAUGAAAGCCCGAGCCUGGGAUGAGUUUAAGGAAGCAAAUCCCAGGGGCUCUGGCAACACUUUGAAUAGAGGAUAA